UCUACACAGCCACAGCACAGGGUGGAAAGGACCACACGCACGUUGCCGCGAACAGCCAGACGAACCAACCAAGCAACCAAGCAACCAAGAUGAAGGUGGUCACGUGCGACGAGACAGGGCUGGUGAAGACGGUGUCAGUAGAGCGGACGGCUGUGGAGAGCAAAUGGCGCAAGCAGAGCCGGGCAAAGGCGUCGCAGCGCAUGUGUUUUGCGCACCAAUCCGAUGAUACGGUGUAUUUGGGAUUGGCAACCAAGAAGCUGGAAAAGGUGGAUUUCCUGAACCGCCAUCCGAUUAGCUUGACCAAGACGGAUGUGGAGUCCUUCGCAGGGCUUGCCGUCACAGAGAACAGGAUUGUCACAUGCUGCUCAACGGGUCAGGUUACCCUCCGCGACCUGAACGCGCCAUCGGAAGUUGUGGCGACGUUCAAGGGUCACGUGCGCAGCAGCUGCAUGAAGUUGGGAUUGCAGAACAAGAACAUUCUCGCCAUGGGCGGCAAGGACGCGGACCUCAGGAUAUGGGACGUCAACUCGACAGACAAGCAGAUCUUCAAGGCAAAGAACGUCAAGAACAACCGCUUGAACCUCCAGGUUCCCGUGCACAUUCGCGACGUCGCGUUUAUGCCAAACAGCGAUGAUCGCGUCGUAGUCACCGUUUCCGCACACAAACACUUUCGGAUCUACGACAGCAGAGUGAAACAGCGGCCUAUUUUCAGUACCGUCUACUCCGAGGCCGCGCUGAACUGCGUCGCCCUCACAAACGACGGACGCCACGCCAUCACUGGCGAUGCGCUCGGACACACGCACCUCUUCGACAUGCGCGCACGGCGGUCGAUUGGCAAGUUCCACGGCCCCGUCGGCGCUGUGCGCAGCGUGUCCCUGCACCCGGUGCUGCCGUUUGUCGCUGUUGGAGGACUGGAUCGACACGUGCGUGUGUACGACGUGACGACGCGCCAGCUCAUGACGAAGGUCUUCCUCAAGCAGCGCAUUGAACACGUCCUCUUCACCAGUGAAGACAAGGUGGUUGUAAAGGACGACGAAGAGGAGGAGGAGGAAGCAGCUGUGAAGGCAGAGGAAGGCCAUGGGGAGGAGAUGGAUGAAGACGAUGUGAUGUGGGCAGCGCUCGCAUCGGCCAACGUGCCGAAGAAGGCAAAGAUGGAACCAAAGAAAGAGGAGGAACAGCAGGACGAUGAUGAUGAUGACGAUGAUGAUGGUGGUGAUGAUGAUGAUGAUGAUGAGGACGAUGAAGAAGAAGAAGAAGAUGAUGAUGUGAAGGAGGAAGAGGACGUGUAAUCUGCCAUGCCAUGUCCUCCCCCCCCCCUCUUCCUGCCUCCCUGCUCUUGCUGUUGCCUCGCUCGUGUCCACAGAAGAGGGCGUUCACUCGCGUGCUCUCGCCAAUGAAUGAUUGAAUGAAUGAAUCCGUG